AUGGAUUCUGUCAUACGAAAGCGUGCAGAGGAACAAUUUAGAGCGAGAAGGGAAUACAGUGAAGAUGAUGACUUAAAGAAAGUUGCUAGAGCACCAGUACCACCAUUUUCAAGGCAGAAACAGGAUUAUAAGAUAAAUGAUCUACCAAAUUUACAAAGAACUAGAGAUCCAAGCUUUGAAAUGUACGGCGGACAUGUACCUUCGACUACGGAUUCAGAAUCUAAUUCCCAUCUUUAUUUCGCUCUAGUGGAGGCUAGACAGAAGACAGACAAGACUAGAACGAUAUUUUGGUUCAACGGUGGACCAGGAUGUAGUUCAUUUGACGCAUUAAUGAUGGAAGUUGGUCCAUUUAACCUCAUAAAGAAUGAAAAAGGAGAAUUGGGUCUUAAAGAAAAAGAAUACGGCUGGCAUGAAUACGCCAAUAUCGUCUUUAUCGAUCAACCAGUCGGUACUGGUUACAGUUACGCCCAAACAGAUAGUUACGUACAUGAAUUAGAUCAAGCUGCAGAUCAAUUUAUCACUUUCCUUAACAACUUUUAUGAAAUAUUCCCAGAAUUGAAGAAUACCGAUACCUAUAUAAGUGGUGAAUCAUACGCUGGUCAGUAUGUACCAUACUUUGCAAACAAAGUUAUUGAAACUCCUGAUUUACCAUUGAAUCUUAAAGGAUUAAUGAUUGGAAAUGGUUGGAUUGACCCUAUUUCACAAUACCCGGCAUAUGCUCAAUUCGCUCAUGCUGAGGGUCUGAUUCAACCUGGCACCAAAGCCGAUAAAGAGAUGAUGGAUCUCGUAGAAAGGUGUGAAAAAUCGCUCAAUAGUGCACUUACACGUGAAGAGAAGACUGGAAUUUUACAAAUUUAUAUCAGUGAAUGUGAAUUAAUAAUGGAUCAAAUAACUGGCUCUCAUCGUAAAUAUGAAAAUGGAAAAGCUACUUGUUUAAACACUUACGACUAUCGUCUUCGUGACGAAUAUCCAGCUUGUGGAAUGAACUGGCCUAAUGAAUUACACGACGUGACUGAAUAUUUGAGGAAAGAGAGUGUAACAAAAGCGUUCAAUGCGCGCGCCAGAGCUGAAUCAUGGACUGAGUGUAACGUAAAAGUAAGCAGGGAAUUAACUGCAAUUCAUUCAACCGCAUCAGUUAGGUUACUUCCAAAAAUACUCAAACAUACCAAAGUACUCCUUUUUGCUGGUGACAAAGAUAUAGUAUGCAAUUAUCAAGGUAUUGAAAAUCUCGUUGAUAACCUUGAAUGGAAUGGUGGUAAAGGAUUCUCUGGUGAUACACCACAAUUAUGGUCGAUGCAUGGUAAUCCAGUUGGUGAAUGGCAAGCAGAGAGAAAUCUCACCUAUGUGAGAGUAUAUAAUGCAUCACAUAUGGUUCCGAUUGAUGCACCUGAGCCAAUGUUAGAUUUAAUUACAAGAUAUAUGGAAGUUGACCUCAAAUCUGUAAAAUCAUCAGACAACUACAACUUUGAAAGUGCCGUUGGUGAUAUUAACGAAUUUGGUGAAGAAGAUUCCUCAGUUAGUUGGGCAGGUUCACAUAAAAAGAGUGGAUCAUUUGCACUUCUUUUGAUCAUUAUUGGUGUUGCUGUAGGUGGUUUCCUUUGGAUAAGGAGAAGGAGGAGACAAAUGCUCGUCCAUGAUUAUAGUCAACUACGCGCAAACACGCUAUCCCAAGAACAAGAACAAGGCAUAGAAACCAGCGACCGUAGGUCAAAUGAACAAAUUGAAUCUGAGAGAUUAUUUGAUGUUGGUAGUGAUAUCGAUAGUGAUGAGGGCGACAGCAACAAACACAAGGAGUAA